AUGUCGGGACUGGACGAAUACGACUACCUGAUAUACCCGGGCUUCAUGCGUCGCCCCAUGGCGCGCUGGAACGAGGACGGCAGCGUCGCGCCGAUGGCCCGCGCGCGCGGGCCCAAGGGGGAGGCUUUCCAGCUCACGCUCAAGCAAUCGGAGAUUGACGAAGACAUCGCGCACAUAGAGUACGAGAUUGGGAUCGGGAAGAAGCCCAAGAAGAAGAGGACCGGUCCCCCGUUGAACCCGAAGCUGGAAGCCGUGAAGAAACAGGAGGAGGAGGAGAGGGUGGCGUCGGAGAGCGAGAGGGAGGAGCAGGACGGGGAUUCGGACAAGAAAUAG